AUGGCGAUGACGACUUCCGAGCGCGCCAGUCAGGCCGUGAUCCUCUUUUACAAGUACGUCGAAGUAGAGCGUCCACUCGAGCUCAAGCAGGAACAGGAGCAGCUGUGCAAGCGUCUGGGACUCGUCGGUCGUAUCCUCAUCAGCGUCGAGGGGAUCAACGCCACGCUCUCGAGUCCGACGCGUGCAGCUAUCGACGAGUACAUUGCUUUCUUGUGCACGCACGACGUUCUGUCGAUGCGCACAGAGGACUUCAAGCACAGUCUCUAUUGGAACGAGCAGCCGCCGUUUGCAGGGCUCCUCGUCAAGCACGUCAAGGAGAUCGUGUCGACUGGCGGCAUCGUCGCUCGGCCCGAUAUGUCCGCAUCGGAUCGAGACCGCGGGUACUUGACGCCACAGGAGUUCCACGCGGCACUGCAAGAGGCAGACAAGGAGAAGCAGGACACAGUGGUGCUGGACGUUCGGGCCCACAAGGAGUUUCUCGUGGGCCACUUUGAGAACGCUGUGGACCCGAAAGUGAAGAACUUUUCCGAGUACUACGCGUUUCUGCAGAACCGAGUGGACGAGAUGAAAGACAAGAAGGUGCUCAUGUACUGCACGGGUGGGAUCCGGUGUGAGAAGGCGUCCAACUUCUUACGUAGUCGAGGCGUCACUGACGUACACCACCUCAAAGGCGGCAUUCACAAGUAUCUCGAGACGUAUCAAGACGGCGGGUUCUUUCGGGGCAAAAACUUUGUGUUCGACAAGCGGGUUCUCAUGGCAGCACAGAAUUGCAACGAAGUUGUCGGGAAGUGCAUUGAGUGCCAGACGCCGUACGACGAAUUCAGCGGACGGAAGGUGUGCACUGUGUGUCGGGACCUCGUGCUCGUGUGCGACAGCUGCUUCGACGCUCGUCAUGGUGAGGUGCACUGCACGGACCACCAGUACCUCAAGCACUGUUACGUCACGUUCCUGCAGUACGUGCCGCGCUCUGAGCUACUAGAGCAGCAGAAGGCUCUGGACGCAAUCCUUGCAGCACUCCUUGCGGACACGAGCAGUAGCAAGAACAAACGGCGCUCGAUCCGCAAUCAGCUGAACAAAAUCAAGGCGCGCGUGGAGGCGAUUGAUACCGACCCGGACGCUGCAGCGGCCGUCUGGGCGCUCGAUCCGCGCCCCAUCCACUGUCGGACCUGUGGGCUGGCCACUUGUGUGGGCAACUGCUGGGGCUUCUGGAGCGACGAGUUGCUGCCGGCACCUACAGCCGCGUAG